AUGACUGCGCGUACGCAUCCCCGCAGCAUUGGCACGUUGCUCCACAGGUGCAAUGGGGAGGUCGGGGUUCUCCGUAACCGUGUUUCCCAUGAUGGUGCUCUGUACCUCGCCUCAGUGCUGAAAGAGAAAACGGCCAUCGAGAUCCUGAAUCUGUCCAUCAACUGCAUCGAGGACAUCGGCGCGGGUUACCUGAGCGACGCCAUGUCCAGGCCAGGAUGUGUCCUAAGAGAGUUAUCUGUCUGCACAAACAACAUCAGGACUCAAGGUCUGUGCUCCUUGGCUCAGGCUCUGAAAAACAACCCCACUCUGACACACCUCUAUAUUUGGGGAAACCACCCAAAGGAGCCAGCCUGCCGGGCCUUCAGAGAGCUGAUCUCCAGCGGGCGUCUGCCCCCCCAGAACACCGACGUCGAGUCUUACGAGCAGGACGGUCACGUCUUCCUGGCUGAGGCCUUUCAUGGUUUGAGGAAAAGCCUUUAUCAAGCAGAUGGUAACGUUACAGAUGCUACAGUCGGCAGCGCGUCCGAUGGGCCUCCAGAAGACCAACCCCAACGUUGA